UGACUGUGUCCUGCGAAACCAUCUCCUGCCCCAAAUCAUCUCCCAGGCAAAUGCGAGGGUCACAGUCCUAUGCAGAGUACUGAAUUCCACACUGGAUUGCUCUGUAUGACCAUUUGACUGGGUUGAAGAUCUUUUCACAAGAUGGAACAAUCUCGGCGUCGACUUGGUCGUUCUGAUUCUGUUCAGUGGUCUCAACCAUUCAGACAUCGACCAUUCCCUCGGUCUGCUUCAACUAGGCCAUCCCUGAAUCGAAGUCGAGAUGAAAACUUUGAGACCUCGGAGACCCCCAGCGUGAAGACCUUUGAAGAUGUCAAGGCUCAGCUGGACAGUCGAGGAGUUGAUACGAGACCCAUAACUGCGGCUUCAUGAACUCAUUCCUUUUAAAGCCACGCGAUACCGGGCCGCAGAGAGAUAUAGUCAAACGCUUCACGUCAACGCCGAUUACCGUUUCGGACCGCGAAAUAGCCCAGAUUUUCCGCACCAAGAGGUCGCGUAAUUCGGAUGGUCUCCAGAAAGGGUCUGUCUGUUACUAUCGCUCACGGUCCAUCACAAAAAAGGAACUACAAUAAUAAUCGAUGGAUUGAAGCAAGAUGGUUUCGGUUUCCCACAACUUGAAAGCUGGAAGUUCCAGCUUAAAGGGAUGCAAGAAGAUGAAAGAGUCUGGGUUCGAUACGUAGGGCAGAACCACCUCCUUUACUCCAUUUCAGCCGCUCCUCUUCUCCUUAACUUCGCCUCCCAUCUUCAGAAUCAUUCCGAUCUCUCCUGUUGUCGACUAUAUGCCUACCACGACUGUCACCAUAGACCCAUCGAUCCAUAGUAGCAGAGUCAGCAGCAGCAUUGACCUGGACAACUCCGCCAACGCACAACGGCAUCAGCAACACCGACACCAAAACCAGCGCGUCUUCCCAAGGGAAGUCGGCGGCAAUGUCUCCCGUUUGGCACUGCUAGAAGACGACACCCUUUCUCCUCCCGCCGAAACUAAACCCUUCAAGCCCACUCGGCGCUUCUGGCUGCUUAUGCUGUCCAUUUCGGCCAUGUCUCUUUGCGGGUCUGUUGAGGGCACUAUCGUGGUCAACGCCUUGCCCACGAUCGUCGCAGCCUUGGCCGGUGGUAACCUGUACCUUUGGGUGCCAAAUGGUUUCUUCCCGGCUUCCAUUGCAGGACUCCCGCUGUAUGCCCAUUCAAGCGACAUCUUUGGCCGCCGGAAUGUGCUGCUGGGUGCGGUCUCGCUAUUCGUCCUCGCCUGCGCCCUAGACGGUGCCAGCAAAUCGAUGGUUAUGCUCAUCACUGCCCGCACCCUCCGAGGGGUGGGCAGUGGGGGACUCGACACACUGACCGAGACCACCAUUCUGGACCUGGUGCCGCUGCGCGACCGAGCAAAGUAUCUGUCGUACGUGUCUAUUGGCACUACCCUCGGCUACGUUGGAGGACCCUUCCUAGGUGGGCUGAUCGUUGUGAAGAUAGGCUGGCCCUGGGUCUUCUAUCUCAAUGCCAUCCUCGGCGGCGUUGCAUUCGUUAUGUUUUUCUUCUUUCUUCACGUCAAGCACCGACGUGUCAUGUUUUCCAGCGUCAAGCGGAUUGAUUUCGGCGGCAACGCCAUCUUUAUCGGCGCCGUUGUUGCCGUGCUGCUGGCGCUGACCUGGGGCGGACCUGUGUAUUAUUGGAACAGCGCCCAGAUCCUUGUACCCCUUAUGCUCGGUCUAUUGGGCCUCUUGGCCUUCAUCGCUUUUGAAGCCUUCGUUUCCGCGCGCAAUCGUUUCCAAUCGCACCUCAUCAGCGGUCCUUACUAUGACACUGGUCAACUGGAAGCCAUGUACGCCCCCUUCUACUUCUUACCUGUCUACUUUCAAGGCGUGCUUGCGAGAUCCCCACUGGAUUCCGGGAUUGCUCUUGCUCCCAUCUCCGCCGCGGUUGUUCCUUUUGCGGUUGUUUCUGGCAUCCUGCUAUCUAAGGUAAGCAAAUAUCGACCGAUCCAUAUUUUCGGCUGGUCUGCCAUGCUUGUCGCCGUUGGUCUAUGCAGUACUCUCAAUCGUCAUUCCUCGACCGCAGCGUGGGCAUGCUUUGAAAUCUUGGGUGCCACGGGUCUGGGCUCGCUAUCCAUAUCACUACUACCAGCUCUGCAAGCGCCACUCGAGGAGCGCCAUGCCGCGACUUCUGUGGGCAUUUACAGCUUUGCCCGGGGAUUUGGCGCCAUCUGGGGCUUCACCAUUCCAUCAGCUCUCUUUAAUAACGUCUUUGACCGCACGCCCCCCGACGGUGAGGCCUACCAGCUCGCGACUAGAGCCUUCCUCGAUUCCAUGCAGCCUUCGGAUAACUUGGUCCGAGAACAAGUUAUUUCCAUCUUCGAACACGCUAUUCACGUCGUCUUCUAUGUCUUGGUGGCUUUUGCCGGCCUUGGCCUGCUUCUGGUGUUGCUGGAAAACAAGGUCCCGAUGCGGACGGAGAACAAUACUGAAUUUGGCAUAGAGGAAAGAAACGAUGGCCAGCAUGAGGGCCGUGUCGAUAAUGGUGACGGGGAGGUCGCGGCGUAA